UCAAAACUAAAAUCGAAGUCCGCCAAUACCCCGGAUCGAAGUUGACGAUUAUCACGUUAGGCGGCACGCUAAUUCCAGAGCUGGUCCCACCCAGUGGUUGUUGCAGGGACUUCACGGCUCGCUCUGUCAGCUGUCAAACAGUUCCAACUCGAGUGUGUGUGGGCGUUCUCUCAGGAGUAUCUCGGAUAAGAAUUCCCAGAUAUGCGCUUCAAAUUCUGCGGCGAUCUUGACUGUCCAGAUUGGCUGCUGGCCGCCAUAUCCGAUCUCGCAAAGCUGAGCUCGAUAAAGGUUAGGUGGGGAGCGAAUUUCCUCGCGCAGUGCAUCGCAGACGGCCUGACCAAUGAAGAUGGAUUGUCUCGCGCCAAAGACAAGCUAGACAAACUUGAGCCUGAAGCCGUGUCAGCAAUAAACGAAAUACUGACUCUGGCCACUCGAAAUCAGGUGGAGGAAACAGCUCUUGUUGAUGAGCUGCAGCAGCUGGGUCUGCCUCGAGAGCACUCGACAGCAAUAGGCAAAGCCUAUGCCGAGUGCAGAGCUCGAGCAGCGCAGAACCUUCGCGAGGUUUUCAUACGACGGAAAGGAUCGAUAUCCUUCAGGAAACAAUGCAUCGACGGUCAAGAAUUCGUCGCAGCCCGGUUGGAUAACGAGGACUUCAUCAUUCCGCUAGGUUUGGCAAAAAUCCUACUCCAAGAUCUCCGGGAAGCCCGGAAAAUACUCGAAACCCACGAGAGCGGCGCCACAUGAAUCGUAUCAGGCGUAUCAUUAGCUUUCCAGCGGACUUGAAAGAAUUGUUGUUGAAAAUAAAGUUUUUCUACUCA